AUGACUAUUAGAUCCUCAAUCCCCCAAAAGAGAAGAAAGGAAUAUGACGAUCAUGAUCAGAUCUUGAAAAAUGACCGGCUAACUACUGCUGCUGAGAACUUCUUUGAGGCUCUGUCCGAGGCCGGUAUCACGCACUGCUUUGUAAACUUAGGAAGCGAUCACCCCGCAAUGUUGGAAGCGAUGAUCAAGGCGAAGCAAGAGAACAACACCAACUUUCCAAACAUCAUCACUUGCCCUUCUGAGCUAGUCGCUCUUUCAGCAGCCUUAGGCUAUGCUCAGGUUACUGGAGUUCCGCAAUGUGUUCUGGUGCAUGUCGAUUGUGGUACGCUUGCCUUGGGACAAUCAGUCCAUAAUGCCUCCGUUGGCAGAGUCCCCGUUCUGUGCUUUGCUGGCCUGAGUCCGUUCACUCAGAAUGGUGAACUGUUGGGUUCGAGAACAGAGUUCAUCCAUUGGCUUCAAGAUGUUCCUGACCAGGCAGCUAUUGUUCGGCAAUACUGCAGAUACACUGGCGAAAUCAAGACAGGUCGCAAUAUCAAGCAAAUGGUUGCGAGGGCGUGGCAGUUUGCAACAUCUGACCCCAAGGGACCAGCAUAUCUAAUGGCUGCUAGAGAGGUUCUCGAGGAACGAGUGCCAAGGGAAUGUUUGGAGGCAGAUACUCUUACUUCCGUUGCUCCAAGUGCAUUGCCAGAAGCAGAUGUGGAACUCAUCGCCAAGGAAUUGAUGAACGCAAAGCAUCCGCUUGUUCUUACCACAUCUCUUGGUCGCAAUCAUGAAGCACCCCCACUCCUUGAGAAGCUUUGUGAUACAUUGCCAAUUACUGUAGUCGAACAGAUUGGCUCGGACUUAUGCAUAAGCAGUUCUCAUGAGGCUUAUCGAGGUUGUACCGUCAGUACCCAUCCCGAAGUUUUGGAAGCCGAUGUUAUCCUCAUUAUGGACUGUGAUGUGCCUUGGAUCCCGACAGCCGGCAAGCCUCGACCUGGCACAAAGAUCUUCCAUCUCGAUAUUGAUCCACUGAAGCAGCAAAUGCCACUAUUCUCGAUCAAUGCCACUCGCAGAUUCAAAGUCGGCUGCGCAAUUGCGCUAAAACAAAUCAAUGAUUUCUUGGCCAAGGCUGACAUUAACACAGCUCGAUACACCCAGGCAUUUGAGGAACGAUCUACUAAUCAUAAGAACUGGAGAAAGGCCCUGCAAAAUCUUGAAACACCAUCAGAGGACGGUGUUGUCAGUGUGCCGUAUUUGACAUCGAAGUUGCGAGAUACGCUCCCACAAGACACUACAUAUGCCAUAGAGGCUGUCACCAACGCAGGAAUCCUUAUCCAUCAUCUGAAUCUGACCAAUCCAGGGAGCCUUGUUGGUAGCGGUGCGGGUGGUCUAGGAUGGGGCGGGGGUGCAGCACUGGGCGUCAAACUAGCAAAGCCCAAUUCCUUCGUUUGUGGAAUUGUCGGUGAUGGUGUCUAUCUGUUCUCCCAAAUGGAGAGCGUGUAUUGGAUCGCCAGACGCUACGACGUCCCCUUCCUAAUGAUCGUCCUGAAUAACAACGGAUGGAACGCACCAAAGGUUUCUGCCCUUCUUGUGCAUAAGGACGGCUUAGCCUCCAAAUCAAACAGAAGAGAUCUCAAUAUCUCGUUUGAGCCCUCGCCUGACUAUCCUGGAAUUGCCACUGCAGCUGGAAACGCUUGGGGCAAGACUGUCACUACUCAAGCUGAGCUCGAUCCUGCUCUCAAGGAGGCGCGAAGUGUUGUCGAGAGUGGAAGAUGUGCCGUGGUUGAGGUUGCGGUUCCAUCCAUGUGGAAAGAGGAGUAA